AUGGAAGUUGAAUUAAUUGAUGACGUUGAAGGAGGUGGUUUUGGUGAAAGUGGAACUGUGUUUGGUGGUGGUUUCGGAUUUGGUGGAGGUUUUGGAGAAGGUGGUGACUUCGGAGGUGUUAUUGGUGGUGGAGGAGGAGGUAGUGGCGUUGGUAGGGGCUUUGGAGGUGGCAUAGGUGGUGGUAAUUGUGGUGGCAUUGGUGGAAGAACUAACGGAGGUGGUGUUGACGGGAGCAUAGGAGGAGGGGGCGUUGGAGGUGGUCCUAAUGGGGGGUUAGGAGGUGGCAUCAGAGGAGGAGUUGGAGGUGGUGCUGGUGGGGGUGGCACUGGAGGAGGAGUUGGUGGUGGUGCUGAUGGUAACAUAGGAGGAGGUGUUAAUGGUGGUGGCAUUGGAGGAGGAGGCAAUGGAGGCGGCAAUGGUAGAAAUGAAAGUGAUGGCAGUUUCAUAGGUGGCAAAGGUGGUGGGGUUUAA